UCAAAAACCCUUUCUCAAUUUGCGAUAAGCAUAAACCCUAGCAAUCAACCCAUUCCAUCUUCUCCACCAACAAUGGCUUCCCGUUACCGUUCGUUCUCGCGCCCAGCAAUCAACCUUCUCAAAACCACUUUUGCCCAAAAACCGACUUCCAAUUCCAUCCCUUUUGUUCGUCCUUCUCUCUCCUCCCCCUCGUUUCCCAGGGUAUUAUCACAAAUGGGUGCAAUCCAAUCUCUACUCCCACUUCACUCAGCAGUGUCAUCAGCUCGUCUCACAUCUUGUCUUGGCAUAGACUCAAGCAGCUCCAGGUCGUUGUCUCAGGAGCUUGGUCUUAGUGUACCUCGAUAAGGAGGGGUCAGAAUUUGUACUGGAGCUGUGGAGCAUACCUCAACAAGUUGCAGUAUGGCCUGCUCAUUUCUUGCACUGUGAACUUGUUACUGACAAAUUAUGUAGGACACGCCGCCAUGCUUUAAUGUUAAAAUAUUUCAGGGUAUGAAGUAUUCUGCUCAGACAAAUUUUGUUUCAUUUCAAAGUGUUGAAAAGCUGUUUAGUGAUAAGUAAAUCAUUUAGAAAUUAGAAGUUCUUGGCCAACUAAAAUAUUCAUGUGGAGGAAUUUUCUUCCUUUUUUCUGAUUCUACCCUUUUUACUUUGGCACUUCUGUUGGAUAAGUGAUUUAAUGACUGUAUAAAGUUGUACUCUUUCCAUCUUUCCA